ACAAUAAUUAUUAUUAUAAUGACAAAAUUAAUAUUAAUAUUGUUGAUGACCAUUGUCUGUACAAUGACAUUGGUCAAGAGUGAGACAUUUGGCGGCACACUUCAGACUAAUGACGAAUGGUACCUGGUGGGCAAGUUCUGUUUUACCAGCAACUCACCAACAUUGACCACAAGAAUCGACUUCUCAAAGACACCCAACGUCACUCUGUUGCUCUACUCUGAUCUUGACACGCAGUGGGGCAGAGUCCAGAACCUCGGACUGUCAUGCUCUGAGCGUGUGAUGGCCUCCAGCGCUCAGAUCUCCAUGAUGAACAACCUCAACGGCCAGACGAUCUCGGUCGACCAGCGUCGCGCCAGAUGGUGGUACUUUGCCUUUGCCAACUGCGACCAGCCCAGUCUCACCGGCUACCAGAUCGACAUCCCCUCGUACGAGUUGGAGUUUGUCAACGAUGGCGACUCGUUUGACGCACGUAUCUCGGCCGAUGUCCAGGGCAUCCCCCAGGCACAGAUGUUCUUCAUUGUCUUCUUCUUCCUCUUGCUGGUGGCCUCGGUCGUCAACAUCGUCUUCCUGUGGAACCGCAACCUCGAGACCAAGGUCAUGAAGAUGUUCAUCGUCGUGUUGGUGUUCAAGGUGCUCGGACUCUUUGUCUGUCUCGUCUACUGGGGUGUGUUCUUCCGCGACGACUACGCCACCAACGGUCUCUGGUUGGGUGGCAUCACUCUGGACCUCGUCUCGCAUGCCUUCUUCAUGCUCCUUCUGUUGCUCGUCGCACAGGGCUGGGCCAUCUCACCAUUCUAUGGCAAUCGCAACAACAAGAUCAUCACCACAGUAAUGUUCUUUGUUAUCCUCAUCAUGUCGAUCGUCGUCUACCUCGUCCCAAGCGUCACCUUCAUGCCAUCCAAGACCUACGUCUUCUUCUACGACACCCCAGCUGGCUACGCACUGCUCGCCUUUUUCCUGGCCAUCAUGAUCUGGUUCAUCGUGCUGUCGUUCGCCUCAUACGUCAAGCAGACCGAUGUGAUCAAGAAGAAGUUCUUCAUGUACUUUGGCCUGAUCUUCACCGCCUGGUUCCUCCUGCUGCCCAUCAGUGUCGUUGUUGCACACUUCCUCAACAGCUGGGUGCGCCAAAAGGUCGUCGUCAUCUUCAACCUUGCCAUCGAUGGCAUCUUCUUCUUCAUCCUCACAUUCCUGUUCCGUGGAGCCAAGUCCAACCCAUACGUACACAUCCUCGAGUUGGAGCAGAAGGAGAAGGGUGUUCGCAUGGAUGACAAGCCAGACUCACAUAACCAA